AUGGCCGCCUCGCGAUCUCUUAUCGGAAAGGUUGCCCUCAUCACAGGUGCCUCUCAGGGAAUUGGCGCGGCGACCGCAUUACAUCUCGCCCAGCUCGGCGCAAAGGUCGUCAUAAACUACUCUUCCAACACCAAACCCGCCGAAGAAUUGGUCCAAAAAAUCGGCUCCAACAAUGCCAUCGCCAUCAAAGCGAAUGCCGGCAAUCUCAAAGACAUUGAGCGCUUGGUGGACGAGACGCUCAAAUGGGGCGGCGGCAAGAUCGACAUUCUCAUCCCAAACGCCGCAGCGGGCGCGACGGGGAAGGGGCUGGAAGCUACUUCCGAAGAGGACUUUGACAGCGUUGUAGGCCUCAAUGUCAAGGGGCCGUAUUUCUUGGUGCAGAAAGCAGCACCGCACAUGCCCUCCGGCGCCCACAUCCUCCUCGUCUCGACCUCCCUCACCGGCCUUUCCCAAAUCAUGCCCAACUAUCUCCUCUACGUCACCACCAAAGGCGCCAUUGAGCAAAUGACUCGCGUCCUCGCAAAGGACCUCGGGAGGAAAGGCAUCGUGGUGAAUGCGAUUGCGCCGGGGCCGACAGCCACGGCGCUGUUCUUGGACGGCAAGAGCGAAGAGCUGAUUAAGACAAUGGCAGCAUGGAACCCGUUUAACCGGUUGGGGACGCCCGAGGAUAUUGCGAGGACGGUGGGAUGGUUGGUUGGGCCUGAUAAUACGUGGGUGCAGGGUCAGGUUAUCAAGGCUAAUGGGGGCAUGCAGUUGUAG